AUGGCUACCAUCACGCCCUCCCCGGAUGUCAGCCCCAUGUCAGCUGCAACUCCAAACUGCCUGUAUCCACGCGAUCCUUACUUCCUCAACUUCUCGACCCUUCCCGACACCAGCAACUAUUUGCUCAAGUCGGCUCUUAAAUCCCCGCACCUGCUCAACUCUCCAAAUGGCUUCCUCCCGAACACCGACUUUCUGAACGGCUCCUUCGCCAAGCGUCCCCGCAACAUGUCUAAUGCUUCAACCGACCGCGAGCUGUCCAACGAUGGCCAUGUGCCUGCCAGCGACGUCGUGGCCAAAGAGCCUCAGACGAACCCGAAGAAACGCCCAAGCACCGAUACGAUAGAUUACCCUCGCAGACGCGCCACUAUUGCGUGCGAGAUAUGUCGAUCAAGAAAAUCACGAUGCGAUGGCAAUCGUCCUAAAUGCCGUUUGUGCUCAGAGCUGAACGCUGAGUGCGUUUACCGGGAACCCGGUGUUAAGCUUGAUGCUGGUGACAAGCUCAUCCUUGAGCAUCUCGAGAGAAUCGAAGGCUUCCUUCGAACCAACUUAUCCCAGCAGCCAUCUCUCAUGGGCCUGCCUUCGGGCUCGCCCGCUGCUAGCAACAGCACCAACGACGACCUGCUCGCGCGCAGCACCAGCAAUGCCCCAGCCUUUGGCAUGAUCCCAAUGAACGGGCUUGGCACCUGGACCAGCGCCUCUUCAAACAUCUCUACCAUGCCAAAAAUCCACACAACGCCAGCACUUCAUCUAUUGCAGUGGCCUAUGAUUCGAGAGCUCGUUUCACGGCCCUAUGAUCCUCAAGUACUCCUGCAGCUCGAAAUGGCACGGGAGCCACUCCAGUUAAGUACUUCGAUGAGUCUAGAUCUCUCGAACACUGCUGUCUACGUGCAAGCCUUCUUCGACCGCGUCAAUGUUUGGUACGCAUGUGUCAAUCCUCACAGUUGGUCGUCCUACUACCGCACGGCCCUUUCCAAAGGGUUCCGCGAAGGUGCGGAAAGCUGCAUCGUCUUACUCGUUCUUGCUUUGGGCGCCGCAAGCAGCGGCGGAAGCAUAGCGCAGCUACCACGAGACAAAGAUCCACCAGGCAUGUCAUACUUUUCCGCAGCAUGGGCACUCCUGCCCAGUCUUAUGACACGGAACAACAUGGUCGCCGCUCAAUGCAACAUCCUGGCCUCAGCCUAUUUGUUUUACAUUGUCCGGCCACUUGAGGCUUGGAACCUACUGACAAACACGAGCAUGAAACUGCAGCUGUUGCUGGGUGCACCAGGUCGGCUGCCUUCACAUGGCAAAGAACUGAGCGAGCGGGUGUACUGGAACACAUUGCUUUUCGAGAGCGAUCUACUCGCUGAGUUGGACCUGCCCCACUCGGGGAUUGUCCAGUUUGAGGAAACAGUGGGCCUCCCCGGAGGGUUUGAAGAGGAGGAGGAAGAGGCGGUAGGCAGAGAUGAGCUCUGGUACUUCCUCGCCGAGAUUGCGCUGCGCCGAUUGCUUAACCGCGUUAGCCAUCUAAUCUACACCAACACUUCUGCGGCGACGCCAAUAGGUUUGCUUGCGCCAGUUGUGGCCGAGCUCGACUUCCAACUGACGCAGUGGUAUGAGGGUUUGCCACUUCCGGUUCAGUUUCCGCACAGCAAAGUGCCGCUUUCCAACCCGGUGCAAACAGUGCUGAGGCUGCGCUACUUUGCUUGCCGAACCAUCAUCUUCAGACCGUACAUCCUGGCUGUACUGAAUGACGAGACGGCAGCGAUGGACAUAGUAGUGCAAGAAAACUGCCGGAAAUGCCUGGAAGCAUGUAUUCGCCAAUUAGAGCACAUACAAGCACACCACGCAGGCCAUCUUCCCUAUCUGUGGCAAGGAGCACUUUCUAUCGUCUCACAAACCCUGCUCGUCAUGGGCGCGACCAUGUCCCCAUCGCUAUCUGCACUGCUACCCCAGCCUCACCAGAUGGACGCGAUCAUCGACGACGUGGUCAAUGAGAUCGAGCGCUACGCCCAUCUGGCACCGAGUCUCCGACUAUCUGCGGAGAUCAUUCGAGAGGCGGAGGGGCGGCGGCAAAUGUUUCUUCGAUCGGCCGGCCUCAGAGUAUGA